CUUCAUCUCAUUCAUACCAUCACUUUUAUUCUGUACAGUUUUUUUUCACUAGAUUUGUGUUUUCUGCUGUAGAAUAGUCUUUUUAUUUCUUUUUUUAAAUAUGAUUACCGUUUCAGAUCCGGGUUUGUAAGGUUAAUUCUUGCCCAACUCCAUCCAUAUAAUAUAAUAUUCUAUGUAUGAUUCUGAGAGUACCUGGGUUGGUUAAGACUUCUGGUCAAACUGGUUGCUUCUUCUCUGUCUGGGUUUUAUGUAAGGCUGCAAUGGAGUUAUACGAUAUAUAAAGCUUAAGCUCGUAUAGUUGGAGGCUCGAUACUCGAGCUAAUUUAUUAAACUCCACAAGUUAUGUAUUGUUCAAUUACCUCUUGUGUUCAAAAUCAGUUUUUAAGAGCCCAGGCAUGCAACAGUAAAUUUGAGCUCGGCUUGACAUUGAUCAAGCUGAGCCCGGCUAUGAGUAGCUCGCGAGUUGCUUUACAACCCUACUUGUUAGAGGGGAAAGUCGCAUUGGUCACAGGGGCAGCAACUGGAAUUGGAGAGAGCAUCGCACGGCUGUUUUGCAAGCAUGGUGCAAAAGUUUGCAUAGUAGAUGUGCAGGACAAUCUUGGUCAGCUGGUCUGUGACUCCCUCGGUGGUGAUCCAAACACUUUUUUUUUCCAUUGUGAUGUCACAAAGGAGGACAAUGUCCGUGCUGCUAUUGACUCUACUGUUGAUAAAUUUGGCACACUUGAUAUCAUGGUCAACAAUGCUGGGAUUUCAGGCUCUCCUUGCUUUGACAUCCGUAAUGCGGACUUAUCAGAGUUUGAGAGGGUAUUUGACGUAAAUGUGAAGGGAGUUUUCCAUGGAAUGAAACAUGCAGCUCGGAUCAUGAUCCCACAAAACAAUGGCAGCAUCAUUUCUGUCUGUAGUGUUGCAAGUGUCAUAGGGGGUCUGGGUCCCCAUGCAUAUACGGGGUCAAAACAUGCUGUUUUGGGGCUGAACAAGAAUGUUGCAGCUGAGCUGGGAAAAUACAGGAUACGUGUGAACUGUGUUUCUCCUUAUGCAGUUGCAACAGGCUUGGCUGUGGCUCACCUGCCUGAGGAGGAGAGGACAGAUGAUGCCAUGGCUGCUGUUCGUGAUUUUACGGGUCGAAAUGCUAAUUUGCAGGGAGUGGAGUUGAUGCCUGAAGAUGUUGCUAAUGCUGUGCUCUUCCUGGCAAGUGAUGAAUCUCGGUAUAUAAGUGGAGCCAAUCUCAUGGUUGAUGGAGGCUUCACCACUGUGAACCAUUCCUUGCGUGUGUUUAGGUGAUAAGAGAUAUGCUGUUCAUAUGAGCCAUUCCAGGAGGUUGGCCGCCUUACUAGCUUGGCAUUAUAUCGUUGGACCUGAAUUGAUUGGCUUUUUAUUAUUGAUAUUGUUGUAUCAAUAAUUAAUUUGGGGAAAUUAAUUAAAAUACGUACCAAAUUUGCCGCGUAAA